GUGUAUUUCUGGAGGCUUUAAGAUUAUAUUCAGUGUUUUCGAGUAAUAUAAACCUGCAAUUCUAAUGGUAGUUGCAAGUUUGUUUUUCAAAACACCUGUGGAUGUAGAUAUCCGUUUAGACGGUGAAGAUAGUAGAAAAAUGGUAGAUAUUAAAGUUGGCAAAGACAGGCGGCAAAAAGCACCGCUUUAUUAUGAUGGAGAGUCUGUCAAAGGCUCGGUAAUGCGAGAUAUAUGCGAGAUAUAUGCGGCUUAUAUGCGGUAUAGGUAACCUUAAGGCCUAAAGAUGGAAAACGUAUGGAGCAUUCUGGGAUUAAAGUGCAAUUUAUAGGCAGUAUUGAGAUGUUUUUUGAUCGUGGGACACAUUAUGAGUUUCUUUCUUUGGUUCAAGAGUUAGCAGCGCCGGGGGAGAUGAGGCAUCCCCAAACGUUUAAUUUUGAGUUUAAAAAUGUAGAAAAACAGCAUGAGAGUUAUCAUGGGAUUAAUGUUAAAUUAAGAUAUUUUAUCCGUGUAAUUAUCACUAGAAGAAUGCCGGAUAUAGUGGGUGAAAAAGAUAUAUGGGUUUAUUCAUACAAAAUGCCGCCGGAAAAUACUAGUUCCAUCAAAAUGGAUGUUGGUAUUGAAGAUUGUUUACAUAUUGAAUUUGAAUAUUCAAAAUCCAGAUAUCAUUUAAAAGAUGUGAUUGUUGGUAAAAUUCAUUUUCUUUUGGUGCGGUUGAAGAUAAAAUAUAUGGAAUUAUCUAUUAUACGAAGAGAAACAACAGGAUCAUCUCCUAAUCAGUAUAAUGAGAGUGAAACGAUUUCUCGAUUUGAAAUUAUGGAUGGUCAGCCAGCUCGUGGUGAAACGAUACCUAUACGUCUUUUUCUUGGAGGGUUUGAUUUAACACCUACUUUUCGUGAUGUUAACAAAAAGUUUUCUACGCGGUAUUAUCUUUCAUUGGUAUUAAUAGAUGAAGACGCACGUCGAUAUUUCAAACAAUCUGAAAUUACUCUAAAAUCAAGAAAACAUGCGGAUACUUCAUCUAGGCCUUUUCAGGUAUCAAAUAUACAAAUGGAAAUAGUUAAUGCAGUUUCUGAUAAUAAAAAUAAUAUAAAAAGUGAAAAACAAGGUUAUUCUCUUACAAACGAGAAAGAUAUACAAAAAACAAAAAAUUAUAUAAAUCACGUAAAUUUAAGGGAUAUAGCAGCACAUGCAGCAGAAGAAAGACUUGAGAAGAGUAAAAAUAGAGGAAUAUCUGCUCCUGGGAAACUUUCUGCUCAACUUGAAGCAGAAAAAAAAAAAACACGUACAAUGCUAUUAGAUGAUAUUAUUAAAGAAAAACAAAUAGAAAGGAAUUUAAAGCAAACGGAUCUUCAGUGGAAUUAA